AUGCAUAUUGAAUCGAUUCCUAUGAGAUGGGGAAGUGGCAAUAAUUAUGCUUACUUAUUGAUUGAUACACCUACCAAACACGCAUGGUUGAUCGAUGCUGCUGAACCUGAAGAAGUCACUGAUUAUAUCAAAUUACAUAAACCUAAUUUUGAAUUGAAAGCGAUUGUGAAUACUCAUCAUCAUUAUGAUCAUGCUGGUGGUAAUAAAGAUUGGCAUGGGAAAUAUCCUGAUUUACCUAUUAUAGCCGGUAAAGAUGCUGCUCAUGUUUCAUAUACGCCAUCUCAUAAAGAAGUGAUUGAUUUAGGAGAUGAUUUAUCCAUUACGGCGUUACAUACUCCAUGUCAUACUCAAGAUUCGAUAUGUUAUUAUGUAGUUGAUUCUAAAACUAAAGAUAAAGCUGUAUUUACUGGUGAUACACUUUUCACUAGUGGAUGUGGGAGAUUUUUUGAAGGUACAGGGGAAGAAAUGGAUCAAGCUUUAAAUCAUAUCUUAGGGAAAUUACCUAAAGAAACUAAAGUAUAUUCAGGUCAUGAAUAUACUGCUUCAAAUGUUAAAUUCUCCAAAACUAUUUUAAAUAAUGAUGCUAUAAAGAAAUUAGAAAAAUUCGCUAAUGAAAAUGAAUAUACUACUGGUGUGUUCACCAUUGGUGAUGAAUUAGAAUUUAAUCCAUUUAUGAGAUUACAUGAUCCAAUCGUACAAAAGAAAACUGGAUAUACUACAUCAACUGAUGUGAUGACUAAAUUAAGAGAAUUGAAAAAUAGUAUGUAG